ACACACACUUCUUUUGUCUGACGACCUUAUCCGGAGGAAGUGAAGCUUUAGACGAGGCAGCUGCUUCACGGAUGGAAAAAAAAAAAAAAAAAAAAAAAAAAAAAAAAAAAAAAAAAAAAAAAAAAAAAAAAAAAAAAAAACCAAAGAGGGGGGAACAAACUACAAACUUGCGGGAAUUUUUUGGACAGAUUCUGGAAACUGUUUCCAAACCACCUCGACCCAGGAGAGCACCGGGCAGGGAGACGGAGCCGUCGUUGCCGAAAUGAUGGAAGAUUCUCAUUUUAAUUCAUCAUAUUUCUGGUCUCCCAUCCCCACUGUACCAGGACAGCUUGAGAAUGCCAUGUUCCUGAAUAAGGUGAAAGAGCAACAGGAAAAGAAUGCUUCCUUCUCUACUUCUUCUGGACCACACUACCAAACAGCUCUUCUAACCAUCCCCACUCCGGGGUCAAAGACAGAUGGAGGAGGGCCGGCUGGUAGCGUGGCACACCUCCACCCUCCUCACAGCGGCCAGAACAUGCUCCCUAUGCCCUCCACGGGCAUCAUGACAACAGCGGGUCUGGUCAUAACAACUCCUCAGGGAACACUUGUCUCACCCACCUCCUCUCAGUCAUUUGUCUCUGGUCAUCCAGCAACAACCAUGAUUGUUUCAGCUCUCCAUUCUACAGACAAAAAAGAAGGCGAUGGGGCAUCCCACGUGGUCGUGAUGCCAGCACCCUCCAAACGAGGCAGGAAGAAGAAGGCAACAACACUGGCCAGGGUCGGUCCAGUGGGUGGACCAGGCCAUGAAACGCUAAUACUGGCUCAUCUGACAGCUGGCGGCCAGGUGGCAUCUAUGCAGCAUCAUACUGGAGACCCGUACGACCUGUCAAAUGAAGAGGAAGACCAUGGCCCAAAAGAUAGCACGAAGACAUACAGGUGCCGGAUGUGUGCGGCGACCUUCCUCAGUAAGUCUGACAUGCAGAUCCACUCCAAGUCGCACACAGAGGCCAAACCUCACAAGUGUCCUCACUGCGCCAAGUCAUUCGCCAACUCCAGCUACCUGGCCCAGCACAUCCGCAUCCACAGCGGGGCCAAGCCUUACACCUGCUCCUACUGCCAGAAAUCUUUCAGGCAGCUCAGUCAUUUACAGCAGCACACACGGAACCAUACAGAGUCAAAGCCUCACAAGUGUCCCCAUUGUACCAAGUCAUUUGCCAACUCUAGCUAUUUGGCCCAACAUAUUCGCAUCCACACCGGAGUGAAACCCUACACCUGCAACUACUGCCAAAAGUGCUUCAGACAGCUCAGUCACCUUCAGCAGCACAACAGGAUUCACACUGGAGAUCGGCCAUACAAGUGUAUCCACCCAGGCUGUGAGAAAUCCUUCACGCAACUCUCUAAUUUACAGUCCCACCGACGUCAACACAAUAAGGACAAGCCCUACAAGUGCACCAAUUGCAACAAAGGAUACAUAGAUUCAGCAAGCCUGGAGGUGCACAUGUCCACACACACAGUCAAACAUGCGAGGAUCUACUCGUGUGGUCUCUGCAACCGCACUUAUACCUCAGAGACGUAUCUGGUGAAACACAUGGAGAAACACAACCCAGACCAGUUGACUGCACCGGCAGUUGUGGCAGCACAGACGGCACAACAGAACCAGAACCGAAGCCAAGGCCAGGCUGGAGCUCAGAGCCAGGUAGAAAGUGCAGAUGGAGGAUCAAGCCGGCCCGGGGGAGCUGGAAGCGGCGGAGCAGGUGGAGGCCAGCAGGGACAGAGCCAGAGCAGUUACCCCCAGACAGAAAACAUCUCCUGUCCAUUUGACCUGCACCAGUAUAAGACGGUGUCUGCAAGUGAUAUCCAGUACAAACCAGUCAGUGUAGCAGACAUUACUUCCCACAAGGACCUCUGUCUCACUGUGUCAGCAUCCACCAUCCAAGUGGAGCACCUCAACUCUUAGAGGUGAUGAAAAAAGGGAGUUUGGGGAUCGAAAAGUUAAAAUUAAUUCAAGAAAUGGAGGAUGGAGAGUCGAUGGAUAAAAGCAAUAUUAAGAUGAUACAAGAACUUUGGAGCAAACGAAUGACUGUGCCUAAACAAUGGUUUGAGGCUGACAGGACAAUAUGGUGACACAGUUUCCUGAAGGCUAUAAUUUUGUUUUAUCUUUUUAAUCAGUCUCUUUUUCUUUUCUUUUUUUGCCCGUUCGAUUUGUUUUUCUUUUGCUUAGCUAUCCUGUCUGAGUAUAAAGUGCAUGUAAAGGCUGCAAUAAAGUAUGUUUCAGUCCA